UACACGAUUAUGUACCGUCAAAUUCAGUGUUGAUAAAAUUUUUUCGCAAAAGGAGUCGAAAAAACUCAGUAACAAUAGUCAAAUUACGAUACAGAGGUCUUAAAAAAUUGCACUGCUAGUGUUGUUGAUUGUUAAUCUCAGUUAGAUAUGGAGAGAAACAUCGAGCGAACUCUGGAGGAGGCGAAAAAUGUACCUGGGGUCACCGGUUGUAUUUUGACUGACAAAGCUGGUCUUUGUCUCGCAACUGCUGGAAAUAUUUCCGGUGAUAGUGCUGGCCUGAUAGCAGCUAUUGCUAGUCAAGCAGCUAAAUUGGAGCCUGGACUAGAAGCUCCAAUUAUUUGCCUGCAAAAUAACUCGAGGCAAUGUCUGAUUCAGCGUCAAGGUCCAGUAGUUGGUGCCAUUUUCAAGGACACGUCCCAAUGAAAAUCAGUGUAUCUUCUCGAAUUAUCCAAUUUUACGAUGGAUUUUUGAUUCGUUUGUCUUCAUUUUUCAAUUGGAUACGAGAAAUAGAUAGACUUGUAACUAUGAUGAUUUGAAAAGAACUGAGAAACGUGGGUGAUAUAUCUUAUGAGCGAAGUUUCUAUAUCUGUAUAUAUGUUGAAUAACGCUACGAAUAUAAGUGCUAUUGAAAACUUCUUUAAUUAAGUGUAAGGAUAUAAUAAAAAUUUAUUGGUUUUAUUUUUA